AUGGAUUUUCAGAUUGAAGCUCCAGAAAUUGAAAUUCCAGAAAUUGAAGUUCCGGACGUGGAAUUUUGUGAGGAAAUGGACGUGGACUGUGAGAUGGAGGCUGACAACGCAGAGGGCAAUGAAGGGGGCAUAGAAGUAGAAUUUGAGAUUAAAAAACGUCCUUGUCAAACACCUCGCAAUCCAAACCAGAAAAUCCAGCACAAAAGUCAAAGUCCUCGCAAAGUAAAUGUAAAGGACUACUUGUGCUUCUCUGUGCUGAGCAUCACCUUGUUCAACUCCCUGUUUCUGGGUACAGCUGCAAUGUGUUUCUCCUUAAAGGCACUGAACAGAAAGUUGAAGAGAGAUGUCAAAGGAGCAAAGAAAUUCAGCUGUUUAGCUUUGGCUGCCAAUAUUUGUGCCGUCCUUGCCACUAUCUCCACCAUAAUUGGUGUUGCUGUUGCCAUUUCACUUACUCAUUAUGGUCACCAUAAACGUGGUCAAUGUUAUGUCAUUUAA